AUGCAGAAGAGAGUAGACGGAUCAACUCAUUUCUAUCGAACUUGGGAAGAUUAUAGAAAAGGUUUCGGGGAUCCAAAGAACAACUAUUGGAUUGGGAAUGACGCAAUUCAUGUAUUAACAAAAGAUCAGGACCAGGAACUGCGAGUAGAUCUCCAUGGAUUUAACGGGGACACGGCGUAUGCUGCAUAUGCAACAUUUUAUAUCGGAAACGAGGCUGAUAAAUACCGACUCACAGUAUCCGGGUACACGGGAACUGCAGGUGAUAGUUUGACUAAUUCUCACAAUGGAAUGGCAUUUUCAACAAAGGACCAGGAUAACGACAAGGAUAGUGGUGGUAACUGUGCUACAUCCUGGCACGGAGCCUGGUGGUACAACAGCUGUUACAACUCAAACCUGAACGGACGGUACGGACAAUCUGGUGAUUCUGGUGGAAAAUACACUACCUGGUGGCACUGGAAAAAUAAAUAUGAAGCAUUAAAACAGACUCAGAUGAUGAUCAGACACAAAAAGCGAAUCAGAUUGUGAUCAAAUAUAACGAUUGCUAUUAUUGUUAUUUUGUCUGUUUAUAGUAAAUGUAUCAGCAA